ACCGCAUUUAGAGGAAAGAGAUUACGUAGUUAGGAUAGUGUUUUUGUAACGUUUGACGCAUCUUCAUUUUUUUCAUCCGCUUAAUUCAAGUUUUGUUUUGAGAUUGAAGACUAGAGUUGAGAGAGAGGAGAGCUCAUUUCAAGCCUCUGAAUAUUCACUGUUGAAGACUAGCCGCUUUCAGGUGUUUUUUUAUUUUUUUUAUCAACGUGGCAUUCGUUGGAGAGGGUUUAGUCGUGGGUGGAAGAAUUGUGGAGAGAUGUCGGGGGUUAAUAUUAUCAUCAAUGGUGGACAUAAAGGGAUUAGUGGGGGAUAUUCCGGUAAUGGAGCGAGUGAUUGGCACAAAGGACAGAAUAUCCUUGUUGUUGCUCAGGACGCAGACAAAGAGAGCAUUGAUGGCGAGCAGAAUCUAAUGCUUGCAGUUGACACUUAUUGGCUCUUGGAAUUGGCCCACAGGGAGUACCAGGCUGGUGAUUACGAAAAUGCUGAGAGACACUGCAUGCAAUUAUGGAGACAGGAGACUAACAACACCGGAGUAUUACUCUUACUGUCAUCAAUCCACUUCCAGUGUCGUCGGCUCGAAAAAUCAGCACACUACAGCAGUCUUGCUAUAAAACAGAAUCCUCUUUUGGCCGAGGCGUACAGUAACCUUGGGAACGUGUACAAGGAGCGUGGACAGCUUCAGGAAGCCCUUGAGAAUUAUCGACACGCUGUCAGGCUAAAGCCAGAUUUUAUUGAUGGAUACAUCAAUCUGGCUGCUGCCCUGGUAGCAGCUGGGGACAUGGAGCAGGCGGUGCAGGCUUAUGUCACUGCUCUGCAAUACAAUCCAGACCUGUAUUGCGUGCGAAGUGAUCUGGGUAAUCUUUUGAAAGCAUUAGCGAGACUUGACGAAGCUAAGGCGUGCUACCUGAAGGCCAUCGAGACUCGCCCGGACUUUGCCGUUGCCUGGAGCAAUCUCGGUUGUGUCUUCAAUGCACAGGGUGAGAUAUGGCUGGCUAUUCAUCAUUUUGAGAAAGCUGUUGCACUCGAUCCCAAUUUUCUCGAUGCCUACAUCAAUCUUGGAAAUGUCCUCAAGGAAGCCAGAAUAUUUGACAGAGCUGUUGCUGCAUAUUUGAGAGCCUUGAACUUGAGCCCCAACAAUGCCGUUGUCCAUGGAAAUUUGGCGUGCGUUUACUACGAGCAGGGGCUCAUCGAUUUGGCCAUCGAUACCUACAGACGAGCCAUCGAACUCCAGCCCAAUUUUCCGGAUGCAUAUUGCAAUCUGGCCAAUGCACUCAAGGAGAAGGGACAAGUGGUCGAGGCUGAGGAGUGCUACAACACUGCCCUACGACUAUGUCCCACUCACGCUGACUCUCUCAAUAAUUUGGCCAACAUAAAGCGGGAGCAAGGGUACAUCGAAGAAGCGACUCGUCUUUAUCUGAAAGCCCUCGAAGUAUUCCCAGAGUUCGCGGCAGCCCACAGCAAUCUUGCAUCUGUAUUACAACAGCAGGGAAAAUUAAAUGAGGCACUAAUGCAUUACAAAGAGGCAAUACGUAUACAACCAACUUUUGCUGAUGCCUAUUCAAACAUGGGCAACACCCUCAAGGAGAUGCAGGAUAUUCAGGGUGCUCUCCAGUGUUACACAAGAGCUAUUCAGAUAAAUCCUGCUUUUGCCGAUGCACAUUCGAAUCUCGCUUCAAUUCACAAAGACUCGGGAAACAUUCCUGAAGCCAUUCAGUCGUACAGAACAGCAUUGAAACUCAAACCAGAUUUUCCAGAUGCCUACUGCAAUCUUGCACACUGCCUGCAAAUUGCCUGCGACUGGACUGAUUACGAAGCUAGGAUGAAGAAACUCGUGUCAAUCGUUGCUGAACAGUUGGACAAAAAUCGUUUGCCAAGUGUUCAUCCUCAUCAUUCCAUGCUUUAUCCACUUUCACAUGACUUUAGAAAGGCCAUUGCUGCGAGACACGCUAAUUUAUGUAUUGAGAAGAUUCACGUGCUGCACAAACAGGCGUUCAAAUAUCCCCGUGAAGCUGGCCAACGGUUGAAAAUCGGUUACGUCUCCUCGGACUUUGGUAACCACCCAACGAGUCAUUUAAUGCAGUCAAUUCCAGGUCUCCACGACAAAAACAACAUUGAAAUAUUCUGUUACGCAUUGAGCGCCGACGAUGGUACUAAUUUCCGCUCGAAAAUAGCUCGUGAAUCUGAGCAUUUCAUCGAUCUAUCUCAAACCCCAUGUAAUGGAAAAGCAGCAGAUCGUAUCAAUAACGAUGGAAUACACAUUCUGGUUAAUAUGAAUGGUUACACGAAGGGAGCGAGAAACGAAAUAUUUGCAUUACGACCAGCACCCAUUCAAGUCAUGUGGCUCGGUUAUCCAGGCACAUCUGGUGCUAGUUUCAUGGAUUAUUUGAUUACAGACGAGGUAACAUCACCUCUAGAACUGGCUAGUCAAUACAGCGAGAAAUUGGCCUACAUGCCACACACAUAUUUCAUUGGAGACCACAAACAAAUGUUCCCUCACCUGAAGGAGCGACUGAUUCUCGCAGAUAAGUUGGGCCUCAAGGGAAAAGUCGCGGACAAUGUCGCAGUGAUAAAUGCCACUGAUUUAUCCCCUAUGAUUGAAAAUACGAUGGUGAAGGAAAUACGUGAGAUAAUAGUCGCUGAUUCGAAGAACAAACCAGUUGAAAUAUCCCUGAAGGUCGCUGAGCUGCCAACAACAACUCCAAUUGAAACAAUGAUUGCUUCUGGCCAGUGUCAAAUGUCUGUCAAUGGUGUGGUUGUUCAGAAUGGCAUGGCACCGACACCUGUCAAUACCAAAACGGCCACUGGUGAGGAAGUACCACAGAAUAUAGUAAUCACAACGAGACAGCAGUAUGGAUUACCCGAGGAUGCAGUUGUAUAUUGCAAUUUUAAUCAGCUGUACAAAAUAGAUCCAUUGACACUUCACAUGUGGGCGUAUAUUUUGAAACACGUACCAAACUCGGUUUUGUGGCUUUUGAGAUUUCCAGCGGUGGGUGAGCCAAAUUUACAAGCCACUGCACAGCAACUUGGUCUUGCACCUGGUAGAAUUCUCUUCAGUAAUGUCGCUGCUAAAGAAGAGCACGUCAGGCGGGGACAAUUGGCUGAUGUUUGUCUUGAUACACCGCUUUGCAACGGCCAUACCACCAGCAUGGAUGUUCUCUGGACUGGAACCCCCGUGGUUACUCUACCUGGCGAAACUUUGGCUUCGAGGGUUGCCGCCAGUCAACUGAAUACCCUCGGGUGCCCAGAGUUGGUUGCUAGAACCCGCCAUGAGUAUCAGGAAAUCGCUGUCAGACUGGGAACUGAUCGAGAGUACUUAAAAGCCAUUCGGGCUAAAGUGUGGAAGGCUCGAUCAGAGAGUCCCCUGUUCAACUGCAAGAUGUACGCAAUGGGAAUGGAAAUGCUGUACAAGAGAAUGUGGGAGCGUUUUGCACGUGGUGAAAAGCCAGAUCACAUUUCUGCGAUUGAUAGGAGCGAGAGCCAGCAAAAUCAGAAAGUCACGACAGCCUCAUAAAUAUGUCUGAUAUUCUCUCCUCCUCUAAGAUCUCAUUAACAUUUUUGUUCAUUCACGUACAGAGAGAAUAUAUUUUCGUUCAUUUUGUUGAAUUAUAAGAGCGAAUUCUUACCACGAGAAGUUAUGCGAGAACUGCAUUAACCAUUUGAAGGGCCUUGGGAUAUUUUCUCCAUUAUUAAUUC